AUGCGUUUCGCUGUGCUUUCCACUCUUUCUGCCAUAUUUGCAGGGGUCUAUUCCGCUCCUAGCAUCCUCCGGACUCGAGAUGUGGCUCCCGACGAGCUGUCUAAGUUCAAGUUCUGGGUCCAGUACGCUGCAGCAGCUUACUGCUCCGAGGAUUAUACUGCACAAGUCGGAAAUAGCGUGUCUUGCUCAGAUGACCUUUGUCCACAAGUAGAGGCUACUGGGGCUGAGAUUAUCUACGCCUUCUCCAAUACUACCUCAACCGAUACUGCUGGAUAUAUCGCGAGAGACGACACCAACAAAGCGAUUGUCCUGGCCUUCCGUGGCUCCUAUUCCGUUCGAAACUGGAUCGCCGACAUCGAAUUCCCCUACGCCGACCCUGGUCUAUGCGAUGGCUGUGAAGCAGAACUCGGCUUCUGGAGCUCCUGGACCAAUGUCCGGGAUUCCGUAUCAAAGAUCCUGAAUAAUAUCGUUGACGCAUACCCCGAUUACGAAGUUGUAGUCACCGGCCACAGUCUUGGUGCUGGAAUUGCUACCCUUGCGGCUGCCGAUCUUCGUGGAAGUGGUCAUACUUCGAUCAAGCUUUUUGCUUUUGCCUCGCCUCGAGUUGCCAAUCCUGCAUUGGCUGAUUAUAUCACAGCCCAGAAGAACAACUACCGCUUCACUCAUAUUAACGAUCCUGUUCCUAAGCUACCGCUGCUAGCUAUGGGGUAUGUCCAUAUUAGCCCCGAGUACUAUAUCACAUCGCCAAAUAAUGCGACUGUUACUGCUGGUGACAUCAAAGUACUGGAGGGGGAAAUAAAUUGGGAGGGUAACACUGGGACUGGUGCACCAUCUUUAACUGACCUUCCUGUGCAUCAUUGGUAUUUUGAAAGAGCGGAUGGAUGUAUUGGAUCUGGGCUUCCCUGGAAGGUCUGA